AUGUCGGGGGGAAUGACUCAGAAGACGGAUGAUGCAGACACAGUGAGAAGAAGGGUGGCCUCUGUCACUAACCACCUAAUGCCAUCCCAUUUGAAUUUUGGGCAUAAUAACCCCCCAAUUGGGUCCUCAAAUUGCAGUUCCUCCAUGGAUGAUAGCUACCAUAGAAAACAUGGUGAAGUACCGACUCAUGAGCCCGUCUGGAAACGCGCCUGUGAUGAGUCCGGCAAGGAAUUCACUGAUAUUAUUUAUGAGAAGGAUGGAGAAGGCAUUGCUAAGAUUACGAUUAACAGACCAGCGAAAAGAAAUGCAUUUGGGCCGCACACGAUUAAGGAGCUUAUUCGAGCUUUUAAUGAUGCUAGGGAUGAUGGAUCAGUGGGAGUCAUCAUUCUUACUGGAAAGGGCACCAAGGCCUUUUGCAGCGGAGGCGAUCAAUCAUUGAGAGGCAAAGAUGGUUAUGCUGAUAAAGAAAGUUUUGGUCGUCUCAAUGUCUUAGAUUUGCAGGUUCAAAUUCGCCGCCUACCAAAACCAGUAAUUGCAAUGGUUGCAGGUUUUGCCGUUGGAGGAGGACAUGUCUUGCAUAUGGUCUGUGAUCUAACAAUUGCAGCAGAUAAUGCCAUUUUUGGUCAGACAGGUCCAAAGGUGGGAAGCUUUGAUGCUGGCUAUGGAAGUUCGAUAAUGUCCAGAUUGGUUGGGCCCAAAAAAGCACGUGAGAUGUGGUUUAUGACUAGGUUUUACUCGGCUCAUGAAGCAGAGAAAAUGGGGCUUGUCAACACUGUUGUUCCACUGGAGAAGUUGGAGCAAGAAACAGUGAAAUGGUGCCGGGAGAUACUAAGGAACAGCCCUACUGCAAUUCGGGUACUCAAAUCAGCUCUGAAUGCUGUUGAUGAUGGCCACGCUGGACUUCAGGAACUAGGAGGAAAUGCAACCCUCAUCUUCUAUGGAACUGAGGAAGGUAGCGAGGGGAAGAAUGCAUACAUGCAACACAGACCACCAAAUUUCUCGAAAUUCAAACGCCUUCCAUGA